AUGGCAAAGUCGAAAGACGAUGCGCAGUCCGCUAAAUCCGCCAAAACAACUUCUACUACAAAAACAUCAGCUUCAUCACUCGUAACCAAGGCAAAGUCCGGCCUCGCGACUCUUAAGCGCAAGGCCAUGGCAGUUCUGAGCCCGAAAAAGAAGAAAGCUCGCAUCCCCGAGGGUGCCGAGAUUGAUGUCCCAGAACAAGCCGCCCCCAAAAAAUCCUAUCCGAAGGCGAGCAUUAUCGAUGUCGACGAUGACGACAAGCCUGAGAGUGCUGCUGAGGAUGAAGAAGACGAGCUCAUUGACCCCAUCAAAGGUGGACCGGCCAUCAAGACUCUCUUAGGACUGGUACUGUGCAUCGGCUGA